GGGCCCGGCCCGGGGAGCCCGGUGGAGCCCGGUGGAGCCCGGUGGAGCCCGGUGGAGCCCGGGCCUCGGUGCCGGGGAGCCAGCGGGGCCCCGGGCGGGAGCGGCGCAGGCCCGGUGGGGUUUGAGCGCUGCCAGGGGUGAAUGUGCCGCUCCUUUGUUCCCGGCUUUUCUGCUCCCACCCUUCAGCCCCCUGCCAGUGCAUCCAGGCACAUCCAGGGCUGGCUUUGUCGGCAUUCCAGGUGCUGAGGCCGGGUGACUGUGGUGAACUGCUCUGGAUUGAUGGAUUACCCAAUUUUCCCUCGCCUUUCUCUGGGCGCUCCAGCCUCUCCCCGCCGCGGAUGGCUGCAGCCCCCUCCAGCUGAGUCAGUCCUGCCUCCCCGCAGCAUUGCAGCACCUCCGCAGCUCCUGCGCUCCCUCCCGCUCCUGCAGCACCGCUCCGCUCCCGCCGCAGCAUGGCCAGCACCGUCUCAGCCUACAAGGAGAAAAUGAAGGAGCUGUCUCUGCUCUCCCUCAUCUGCUCCUGUUUCCACACCCAACCCCAUCCCAACACCAUCUACCAGUAUGGAGAUAUGGAGGUGAAGCAGCUGGAUAAGAGGGCAUCAGGCCAGAGCUUCGAAGUGAUCCUGAAGUCCCCUUCAGAUUUAUCUCCUGAGAGCCCAAUCCUUUCCUCCCCUCCCAAGAAGAAGGACCUGUCCCUGGAGGAGCUGCAGAGGAGGCUGGAGGCUGCAGAAGAGAGGAGGAAGACCCAGGAGGCGCAGGUGCUGAAGCAGCUGGCGGAGAAGCGGGAACACGAGCGGGAGGUGCUGCACAAGGCGCUGGAGGAGAACAACAACUUCAGCCGCCUGGCCGAGGAGAAGCUCAACUACAAGAUGGAGCUGAGCAGGGAGAUCCGUGAGGCACAUCUCGCUGCCUUGAGGGAGCGGCUCCGCGAGAAGGAACUGCACGCAGCCGAAGUCCGCAGGAACAAGGAACAGCGGGAGGAGAUCUCUGGAUAAAGGGCUUUUCUACACAUCUAGCACCUGAUUCCUGUUAACAAACCAACCAGUUGACCAACCAACACAUUUUAUUUUGUUUGUCUAGAUGCAGCAUUCGGUUCUCCAUCCCCCCUCCCCGGUGUUUGUCCCACAGCUACACGCUUCUCUCUGCAUCCCUAAUUGUCAGUGCUUGUGGGGAUUCACAGAUCAUAGGGACCUCUAAGCAGAAUAGCAACUAGUUCACAUCAAAUAGAGAAUCAAUCAGUCGAUCAGUCAAUCAAACAGCUUCUUUGGAGGGUUUUGUCCUUUUUUUAAAAAAAAAUAUUUCUUAAACUGAUGUAAAAAAAAAAAAACCACAACAAACCAAACGAAGAUAUUAAUAAAUUCAACCACCAGUGUCACAGAGAUACGGAUUUCUUAUCCAGGGCUUUUCCUCCUCUUGGUGUUUGCUCUGAGCCAAAUAUCAGUUUCAGAAAAAUGGGAAUAAGUGAUAAUUUCUGUGUGGGAAGUAAAAUAGGGAGCAGUCCCCUGUUUGCCCAUGGUAGGAGAGAGGAAGCAGAGGGAUGGAUGGCUCAGGGGUUGCAGUGUGCAGAACCCCCAUCUUUUGGCUGCCUUCAGAGCCGGCCCAGGUAGGCAGUGACCACAGUCCUCAUCUUUGGGUGAUUUUUGAGAACCUGCGCGGAAGCAGCAGAGGGGCUCCACCCAAAGCUUGGUGCCAGGUGCCACAUCACGGCAAGUCCCUGUCACAGUGGGCACUGCCUGAUGCCCUGGGUGGCCACUGAGCUAUCCUCUUCCCAGCUGAGCAGGGACUGAGAGGUCUUGGCUGCUCUGCCUGGGAGAGCUGUGGGUGAUGAUUGCAUUUCCAGCUCCGUGGGAGUCCUGGGAGAGACCCUCAGUCCUCUGUGGGCUCCCCAGUGCUCCCACAAGACAGGAUUCCACCCUGCUAGGAAAGCAAAUCCAACAGAGAUGGUGCAUGGUUGUGAAAUUGCCUUUUAGUGAACAGAAGAAUCCUUCCCUCUUUCCAGUGAUGGAUGUGGUUCUUUGGGGCAUCACAGGGAAGAUUGCUGGAGACCAAAUCCUGGUGCUCUCUUCUGAUCUCCACUGAAUUCCCAGCUGGAUGUGGGAGGGAUCCCUCCAUGACCAUGGCUUGAUGUCAGGGGACUCUGCUCCUAAAAGGAAGGGCUACCUUACUCCCAAAGCCCUCCUCCUGGUCUGGGGGGACAAUAGGGCUGUUAGAAAGCUCCUGUGCUGUCAGUGACAAAAGAAAAUUAGAUUUAGGGUGAAGAAGGAAACUGAGGGUUGAAUUUCUUAACAGUAGCUAAUGAUCAGUUUAUAGUAGCAGCUGUCUUAGAUAAGCAUUUGUGUAGAGCGCGGCAUUGCCGCCAGCAUCACCUCAUCCAUAUAGUGACGAGAAAUUUUAAAAAGUUUAAAAAAAAUUAAAAAGUAAUUUAAAUGAAAUGUUUGUGUGUAAGAAAUGGUUGAAACUGUCAAAUGUCUGUGUCCCACGUUGGUGGGAUCUGAGAAGGUAUCUGCGGGAUAUUAACCCUGUCCUACUCUCUGUGGUGCUGAGUGUUUGCUUGGUGUGUAAUUCUGACCUGGAGCUUGUUGUAAAUACUGUUUUUAGUACUAUGAUUAUUAUGAUUAUUAUUAUCAGAAAUGUUGUACUCAUGAACAAGAGUUGAAAACAAGAGAAAUGGCCAUUUUCACUCUCUCCUGGGGGCUCAGAAGGAGUCGGAGGCUGGGCUAGGUGAAGACAGGGUGCCAGUGGGAUACUGGACCAAAGAGCAGCUGGAAAAUGAUGGAAUUGGGAGCUGGAGGCAGCCGAGUCCUGCAGGCAGGGCAGUGAGAGCGGGGACGGCUGUUCCUCAUGCUGGGAGGAGAAGGAAGGGCUGAGAGGAAGAAUAGAGGUGAUGCUUCAAUUCCAGUACAUCUAAUUUAGUGUUAAUUUAGUGUUGAUCUAAACCUCUCUGUGUGGAGGUUCCAGGUGGUUCCCUGCAACCCGGUGGAAGCUGGAGGAUCUGUCAGGUUUAGCAUGUGCUGGAAGAGAGCUGUAACAGGUUGUGCUGGUCAGAGCCGUCCUCCCAAACAGCUCCUGAGUCUCCAGGCUCAAUUCCUGCCUGGAUUUUCCCUCUCCGUCCCUUGUGCUGUCCCAUGUCCCUCUCUUCCCCCUCCCUAGAGCCCAGAUGGGUCUCAAGUGGAGACUUAUUCUUGCAAUAGCUUUUCCUGGCAGAAAUUCCCAUGGCAAGUGCAGAAAUGGCCUGGCAGAUGGUGCUCAUGCAGGUGUGAGCACUGGGAGACUAAUUUUUCCUCCCCUCCAUCAGGUUGGUGCAGUGAGGGAUGGUGGAGAUGGCUGGAAAAUGUGUUACUGCAGGAGCAGCUCCUGCACCAGAGGAGCAGGGAUGUGCAGGGAGAGCUGUGCAUGGGUAAUGUCAGGGAGCUGCUGCUGAGACACGCCGUGCCAAGGAAACAGCCUCACCUGUGGGGCCAGAGGCUUUACGUGUCCCGGAGCCGUGUUUGCCUGGUGCAGAUGGAUGGAGUAGGGAUGUUCAGGAGCUUGUCCAGGGUCACUGGGCACUAUCAGGGAAAUGUGUGACUGCUUUGGCUGCUGUUGGCUGGAUGAGGAGUGUCCACUGCUGCUCCAAACCCAUUGUGGCCAGGAGCUCAUGCAGCACCGUGCCCAACCUGCAGCACGUGGCAGGGGCCAGGAUCACGGUUAUUCCACGCCUUUCCAUAUCCCUUCAUGCUAUUGGCUAUGUGCAGCUGCAUACUUCAUGACUCAAAUGAGACUAAUUAAGUAUCCUCAUUAACAUCCUUACUGCCCCAGCCUAUGUCAUUCCUAGAGCAUUCCCAUGUGCCGUGGAUGUGGACACAGCAUGCAACCCCUCCAGUUCUCGGGGUCACCUUCCUUAUUGUGGGGUUUGAGGUCUCCAAUGAGGACAUGGGAAUGUGCCUUGUAGGGGGAGCAUCCUUAGGGCACCCACAGCAUCCCUGCCUGGACCUCAAGUGUGGCAGCAGUGUGAGGGAGGAAAGUCAGGAGGGUGACAUCAUUAUGUGCAUGUAUAGGCCUUCCAAGAGCCCUCCUGGAGAAGAGCCUUUGAUUCAGACAAGAAUGAGGAGCUGAAGCUAAAUGAGCUCCCACCUGGUACCAACAGCUGGGUGAUGGGUGAAGCUGUAGGAAAGGCACAACCAGCUGUAGUCCAAACUACAGCUCUGUGCCCAUGUUAUUCCACACAGCAGAGCUCAGCUCUGCCUGUAAACAGGCACUUCCAAGGAUGCUGGCUCCUUCAACUACUUCUGGACUGAGCCUAUUCCUUGUCUUAUUAUUUUGGAGUCAUUAAAAAAUCUUGCUCUAACCCAGUUGUGGGGUUCCCUUUGAGUUGACCUUCCAGGGCCAGUGGGAGUUGAGGAGUUGCAUGCAUCCUACCUCGGGGGUAGGUCAGUAUUGCUGCUCUCUUUCAAAUGUAAACUUCAGCUUGCUUGCUUUAGCUUAGCCCAGUGUGACUGUGGCCCUGGCUCUGCAAUCUUGUCUCACAGGGUUUGUUAUUUCCCUCCCAUGGCAUUCCUGUCCUCCUCGCGGUGGCUGUGCACCCGGCUGUGCACACACGCACAGAAACGCAUCUGUGGAAACAAUAUAUGCACAUUCACUCUGAUACCACUUGAAAUGAGUCAGGGAAUGGCUGUUUACGGUGCUAGAGAUUUCUUACUCUCCAUGCUAGGGAUGAGAUGACAUAGUAAGACCAAUAAACUCCACCUUUGUAGCCAGUUGUCUAAGUAAAGCAGCAAAGGGGCACUGGCCCAUGCCUAUGUGUGGGUGCACUGUGGUCCCCGGGGUGCAGGGGCACAGGGGACAGCUGGGCAUCCCUGCCCUGGCAUCCCCCGUGCCUCAGUUUCCCACACCCUUUGACAAGGGGACAUAGAUGCUCCCUCCCCACGGGGACCACGGGAGAGCCGAUGCCUCCACGUCUCUGAAGUGCUCUGAAAUGGAAAGUACCAAAGUAUGGAGUUGGGAUACGCAGCUGUGCACCCCGGGAGGAACACCCCGGCCCGUGGCUGCAGGAGAGGGUUGGAAGAUGACUGUGUGGGCACAGGGCUGAGCUGUCACCCCCGGGCUCAGCACCCCAGCUGUCCUCCGGGCAGGAUGUGCUCCUCCUGCCACAGCCAGGGUCACAUCCCUUGUGCUGGGUGGGGAGCUGGUGCAGUGUCAUGGAAAGACUUUCCAUCCCUAACAGAGCCUUGUCCGGUUCCCUUUGGUCUGCCACAUGCAUUUCAUUAUCAACUUGAGGUUGUUGUUGUGCAAAAGAAGUGAUCAUGAAAAAAAAAUAAAGGAAAAAAAAAGAAAUAAAGUUGGUAUGAAACCGUA